GUCGACCUAAAAGGAAUUCAAGUUUUGAUUUUAAAGUAUAAAAACUAAAGCCACGUGCAUAUUCAUAUCAUUCAUUUGCUAAGUUCUCAAGACAUAACACAAGCAACAUGUUCAACAAAAUCGUCAUCUUCGCGGCUGCGUUAGCGGCGGUGUGUGCCCAACAACACGGACAUGGCCAGGAGCACCACGGUCAUGCUGUUUCCUCCCAGUCCUUCGUGAUCCACCAAGUGCACCACGAGCACAAGGACCACCAUGCCGCCCCUGUACAUCACGCUCCAGUGCACCACGCUCCCCAUCACGAGCACGUCGUGGCUGUGCACCAUGCUGCCCCCGCACACAGCUCUGCUCCAGUCCAUCAAGCCGCUCCUUCACACCACGAACACCACAAAGAGGAACAUCAUGAUUACUAUGCGCACCCCAAAUACGAAUUCUCGUACAAGGUGGAGGACCCCCAUACCGGUGACCGCAAAUCCCAGCAGGAGUCCCGCGACGGCGACGUCGUGAAGGGCGUCUACAGCUUGCACGAGGCCGAUGGUUCCGUCCGCACUGUAGAAUAUAACUCUGACAAGCACACCGGUUUCAACGCGUACGUGAAACACUCCGAACCUAUCAAGCAUGUCCAGACCCACCAUCAUCACCAGUAAUCAAACUAUGGAUUAUGCCGUGUGCAUGUGAUUGUUAUGUUGUUGAACUUGUUAAAUAAACACCCUAGUCCUCAAAUCCA